UUACUGGGCCCUCCCAGUCCCUGGGCGCACUUCCCGGAUCCCUCCCACGAGGGGGCGGGCUGUGGUUAAAUCUCCCGCCAGGUCGGCGGCCGGGCGCUGAUUGGCCCCAGGGCAGCGGGACCGACUCGUGAUUGGCCAGCACGCCGUGGUUUAAAGCGGGUGGCGCGGGAACCAGGGACUUACUGCGGGACCGCGGUGGAGAACCCUUGGAUCCGUGAACUUCCCGGAGGCGCCAUGAGUUGCAUUAACCUGCCCACCGUGCUGCCCGGCUCUCCCAGCAAGACCCGGGGGCAGAUCCAGGUGAUUCUCGGGCCGAUGUUCUCAGGAAAAAGCACAGAGUUGAUGAGACGUGUCCGUCGCUUCCAGGUUGCUCAAUACAAGUGCCUGGUGAUCAAGUAUGCCAAAGACACUCGCUACAGCAGCAGCUUCUGCACACACGACCGGAACACCAUGGAGGCGCUGCCCGCCUGCCUGCUCCGAGACGCGGCCCAGGAGGCCCUGGGCGUGGCUGUCAUAGGCAUCGACGAGGGGCAGUUUUUCCCUGACAUCGUGGAGUUCUGCGAGGCCAUGGCCAACGCUGGGAAGACUGUAAUUGUGGCUGCACUGGAUGGGACAUUCCAGAGGAAGCCAUUCGGGACCAUCCUCAACCUGGUGCCGCUGGCUGAGAGCGUGGUGAAGCUGACCGCGGUGUGCAUGGAGUGCUUCCGGGAAGCCGCCUAUACCAAGAGGCUCGGCACAGAGAAGGAGGUCGAGGUGAUUGGGGGAGCAGACAAGUACCACUCCGUGUGUCGGCUCUGCUACUUCAAGAAGGCCUCAGGCCAGCCUGCCGGGCCGGACAACAAAGAGAACUGCCCAGUGCCAGGAAAGCCAGGGGAGGCCGUGGCUGCCAGGAAGCUCUUUGCCCCACAGCAGAUUCUACAAUGCAGCCCCGCCAACUGAGAGGCCUGCGAGGGCCGCCCGCUCCCUUCCUGCCGCUGCUGCCCAGCGGACACUGCCCCACAUGCUGCCUGGCCACUCCAGGAGGAAGCUGGGAGGCGUGGAGGGUGACCACACCUUGGCCUUCUGGGAAGUCUUUGUGUGGCUGCCCCACCUGCCACAUACUCCCUCCUCUCCUACCCACUGGCCUGCUUAAAGCUUCCCUCUCAGCUGCUGGGACGAUCACCCAGGCUGGAGCUGGCCCCGCUUGGUGGCCUGGGAUCUAGCACACUCCCCCUCUGGGUGAGGGACAGAGCCACACGCUGUUGACAUAAGCCUGCUUCUUCCUCUCUGCGGCUUUCACUGCUGAGUUUCUGUUCUUCCUGGGAAGCCUGCACCAGCACCUUUGAGCCUUGGGCCACACUGAGGCUUAGGCCCUUCUUCCUGGGACCAGCUCCUGCCCUCCCCUGAGGAUGGCCUGGACUCACGCCCUCUUGCUUCCUUUUGGGCUCAAAGCCCUUCUUACCUCUGUUGAUGGUUUCCACAGGAACAACAGCAUCUUUCACCAAGAUGGGUGGCACCAACCUUGCUGGGACUUGGAUCCCAGGGGCUUACCUCUUCAAGUGGGGAGACAGGGCAGGGUCCAUGCCUCUGCUGUAGUGUAUGAAAUUAACUAAUUCAAAAUUCACU